GUGACGACGGGACUAGACAGGACAUGGCUGCGGGCGGCCGAGGCUGAGGAGCCAGGUAGGGGCGGGGCCCGCGCCCCUUCCUGUGCGCCUGGUCUGUGACCCGGGGGGGGCGGCGGCCGAGAGCCGCAUUGUCCUCCCCCCACCUCGCUCCCGGCCCCGGCGGCGCUGGGGCUCUUGGACCUACCCCCGGCCCCGGUUUUCCAAGCGUCCCCCUGCGCGGUGUCCUGCAGCCGGAGCAUCGACCUCGCACGUGGAUGGAGGUAUUUUGGGGCUGAUCUCUUUCACUGAAAACUAAGAUCAACAAAACCAUGGAUACUUAUACCAGAGCUCGGAGCAGUCAUACGAAGCCUAGAGUAUUUGUGAAAAAGAGUUUUGGUGAAGGUGUACUGCUCUCUGUGAAGUCACUGCUACAAAGCAGAAAAGAAUUAUGCAGCCUGUCAACAGAGGACUGUUUAAGCCAGAAGGAACACAACAAUUUUAUUGAGAUCACAUUUCUAGGUUUUACUGAAGAGACUGAAGGUCAUAUGCAGGAGUUGGCUGCUGUUUCUGCAGAACUCCCAGAUAUUCUAAAAUCGCUACAGUUGUGCACUCUAAAUGAAAAUGAAGUUAUAUUUCUGAAGGAUACAAAUAAACCCUUGGAAAGACCUGAUGUCCCACGUUAUCAGAAUCAUCUUUCUGGAGUGCUUUGUGUGAUGAGAUUGUCUCCUUCAUUUCCAAGGACUACGGUUGAUUCUAUAUUUACCUUGCUAAACAAAUACGCUACUGGUGUAAGAUAUGCAAUGGAAGCGAACUCAGUACAGAAGCAUCAUCCAGAGACAUCCCAUACAGAGGAUGACGACACAAAUCAAUCAGUAUCUUCAAUUGAGGAUGAUUUUGUCACUGCUUUUGAGCAUCUAGAUGAAGAAGAGCCUUCAAAGACCCAGAAUGCUGGCAUAAGCCAUAUUACUCCUCGAAGCCACUGUGAUGCUGCCUCACAGACGAUCCCUUCUCAUUGUUUAGAAGCCAUCGAUUCCAAGAUUAUUUUUAGCUCUUUUCGUCGGAAGUCAUCUGCCAAGUCUUCUGCUUCUCUGAUAAAUAUCUUGGAGCUUAAAGAACUAACCUCCUCUGUAAAGAGUUCAGUCACAACCUCCAUUUCUGAUCCUUGGGUACAGAGGAGUUUCUACAAGCCAUGCAGUUCUUCUGAUCAAAGUGUUAAUUUUUUACAUAAAACAUUGUUUUCCUCCUCUCCUGUUGAAUCAUCUGAGUCAAAUUGCUCCAGCCCAAGUCCGAUCAUUUUCUUAGAUGAAGAGGGGUAUCAAAAAAGCUUGAAAGCAAAACUUCAGCUACCAAAAAUUCCAGUAGUGAAAGAUGGUAUAGAGGAUUCAGACUCAGAAGUAAGUGAAUUUUUUGAUAGUUUUGAUCAGUUUGAUGAACAGGAGCAAACUUUGGAAAGCACUUGUAAACUUAUUAGGGAUCCCAUCCUUGGUAAUCCACCCCAGAAGAGAAAGGUCUCCCAUGAACAACUGCAUUCAACAACCACCACUAUGAAUCCUCAAAGAUUCAAGUUUGAUCGUCCCAUUCUUCCAGCCAAUGUAAGGAAACCAACACCUCGUAAACCGGAAUCACCAUAUAGCAACCUCUUUGAUGUUCCAGAUUCCCCACGUCCAGUAAAAGCAUCAGGAGAAGACAGUGGUGGUUUGUUCAGUCCUAUCAGAUCAUCAGCCUUUAGUCCCCUAGGAAGCUGCACUUCCACUGAAUGUCUUUGUCGGAUGGAUCUCAGUGGAGACGGGAAUAAUCAAAAUUAUGAUACACUUUACAGUGCAUAUUCAGAUUAUGCAAACAAUGUUUCAUUUGAAAUACUAGGUUCUCUUUUUCAUCCUCAGUCUUCACCAGGACAAAUACAUGCAGAAAACAAUUCUAACCUUAGUAGGAUUGCCUUAGGAGAGGAAAAAGGUCAACCUUUAGAGUUCAAAGGGAAAACAUCAGUUACGGAGCAAGAUAAGAAAGCUAAAUCUAAAUGCAAAUCACUAAUGAUUAAAGACAGCAUUCAAAAGUUUGCAACAGAAUUGGUUGAGAAAAGUUUUGGCAGUGCAUUUAAAGACCUACAGAAAGGAGUUUCUUCAUGCACCAAUGCACUGUGUCACUUGGCUGCUAGAUUGACUUCUUCAGUCUUUCAGAUGGCUUUUUAUGAGAUUGGCAGGCAGCGAGCCUUUUCACUGAAGGAACGUGCCAUUAAUGGCCUAGCAAACCUUUUGGUUAGUGAAGCUAUAACAAGUGCUUUGAAAGAACUGCGAUAUGUAAAGAAACAAAUAAUUACAAACACAGUUGCAAGAUUUGCAGCAGACCUGGCUGAAGAGCUUGUUUUUGAAGGAAUAAUGGAAGUCUGUCAGUUUUCAUAUCCAUCAUCGCCCUCAGCUGCCCAUUAUUCGUCCUUUGAAUUUGAAGACAAAGUGGUGAGAUCAUAUGCCAAAGAUUUGUCUGAAUCUGUCAUUCAGGAAGCUUUUAUUGAAUUAUCCCAAGCUGAUGUGACCUUCACAACACAAGCAGCAAUUAGUGUUUCCAUGGACAACAUAAAGUAUGUAAGUGCAGAAAGUAUGUUGCAGUCAACACAAACUUCCACUGCUUUUUCUAAUUGUCAUGAAAGAAGUCUUGUAACUUUGCAUCCAGUACAAGAAUGUGGAAAAGCAUAUACCGUACAACAAGCUUUGUUUUGCACCUCUGGUGUUGUUAGUUCAAUACCAGUACCCUUAGCUGGAAGAGCACUUUGUCAAAAUCAAGUUUCUUCUGAUGUUUAUAAUGCAAAAGUGUGCACUGGUCCAGUCUUACAUGGAAAUCUGAAAAUGUGCAAAGAGUCAACACAACCAUAUUUUACAGCUAAAAUGAGAGAAGAGGAAGUGGCUUCUCUUAGAAAUAUUUACCUGACUCCAGAUCACAGUCAAAGUACUGGAAGUUGCACACAGUUUUUGUGUAACCGGAGUGAUAACAAACAAACAAACAGCAAUUCUGGAGUGAAUAACAUUUCAGAAUUAACUAAGGGGCCAAAAAGCAUCAACAGUUUCUCUGGAACAAUGGUAGACAUGAUAGUAAAUGAAGCUUACGAAGCAAUAACCUCAUCUAGAGUUACCAAAGCCAUGGAGGGUUAUACCAGUUUUUUAACCAGAAAAAUAGUAGAGAGAGAACCUCAUCUACAAUGUAUUGGUGAUGACGUACCUAAGAUUAUGUUUGCUGAUCAUUUGGCCAAACAUAUUGUGAAACAGUCUGAUAAAACUAUAUCUGCAUUAUCCAAAACAAAUGAGACUGAAGUAUAUAAUGGAGGCUCACAGACAAAUACAGAUAAUAGCAGAAAAGAAGUGUAUAGUACAAUAAAGAAACAGGAGUCUGAAAAACAAAAUAUUGUUCCUGUGAUUAUGGAACAACAACAGAUGCCCGUGAAUAAUCUAUCUAAAAUUCUUGUUACUCCAGCUCAUUCUACUCAGUGUUGUUGUCUUUCUCCACCAAAACAUCAUGCUCAGGAACAAAAAGGAUAUGGAGUACCUAGGUUUUCUUCAGGCGUCCUGCCACCUUGUCUACCUGUGACUGUCACUAGGCACAUUGUAGAAGACUUCACUAAUUCAAAAAGCUGUUCAGUAAUGUCCUUAAAUAAACCAUUGAAAAAAUACGAUAUGCAAAAUGCACUGUUGGUUCCUAUGGCUUUUGGGCAGGAAAGUUCUUUACUACACACAAUGACAUUUGGCAGUGAAGAUGCUUUGCAGGUGGAUGAUAAAUCAAGUAUUAGAGAUGUAAAUAUCUGUGCAGUUCCUGAUACACCACCACCAACUCCUUUAGUACCUUUACAAACAAGUUCUGAACGGAACUUACGGAAGCUAACCAAGAAACUGAAGGGAGAAUUAGCAAAGCAGUUUGCACCUGCAACACCACCCUCCACACCUUAUAACCCAGCUGCUGCUGGGUUAUCUGAAACUGAACAUGACUCCUUGGGAAAGGAAGAAUUUAUGUUAAAGCUUAUGCGAUCACUUUCUGAAGAAGUUGAAAGCAGUGACGAUGAAGAACAUUCUGAAAUGCUGGAGGAGAAAGUUGAACAUUCAGAGAGAACAGUAGAGUAUGCAGAUCAUUUAGCCAGCCGUAUCAUUUCAAUGGCAACUGAAAUGGCUGCUUCCCACUUAGAUGACAAAACAGCUCAAAGGGAAGCUGAUAAACGCCUCCAGUUAAAUGUGCAAAGCAAAAGAUGUGCAUAUACUGCGUUUAUAAACAUCCCAGAAGAAACUUUAAAUUCACUGUGGAACUAUGCAGGUGAUAUGGCUGGAAAAGUUAUCAGUGAGGCCAAGAAAAUGGUAAAAUCGAGGCAUUGCAAGCUACUGAGGUUAAAGCGGGUCAGUUGUCACGUGGACUGCCUUCAUCUUAGACGAAAGGAUAAAGAUUGUAGUUCAAAAGAGAGGUGGGGUCCAGGGGUGGACCAGUGGUCCAGAGAGGUAGAUUCAUCCAUGCUUUCUUUACCUCAGAGUUCAAGCUCAACAGGUCUGACUUCCAAGUAUCCAAGCUGUGAGAGUGUGACUGAUGAAUAUGCAGAUCACAUCAUUCAAGUUCUGAAAAGGGAAGGUGGUAACAGUGAGUUAUUAAUGGAUCAGUACGCCAGUAGACUUGUUUACAGAUCUAUAAAAUCAGGCUUACAGCAAGCUGCCAGGAAAAUCAAACUGAAGUACAGUAGAAGUAUAUUUCCUGGACGAAACACAGAGGUAAAUGGUAAGCACGAACUGUUCAAGAUAUCGAACAAUGAUGCACAAAAGCAAAUGAGAAGUAGCAUUCAUCAGUGUGAAGCCCAAACUUGUGAAAGGAAUACCAAUACACACAGAACUGAAUGCACAGACUUGCUCCAUUUUUCAGAGUCCCUGGCUCACAGCAUAACUUGUGAUGUCAGAAGAAAACUGAAAAUGUCAGCAGUAUGUUUACCAAAAUCUUUAACAGAUUCUUGUCUGUAUCAAAAAUCUGAACAUGAUGACGUCACAGAAGAUCUCUUUAAAACAACAUUUUCUAAAACAUUUCUUCCUUUCUCUGAAAAACACAAGCUUUAUCAUAGUACAGGCAGCCUAAAUGAAAAUGGUUACAGUGAAGGCAUAAUUCAAGCGAUAGAACAGUAUGCCAGAAAAAUGGUGGAUGACACUUUAGAAUUGAGUUUGGAGUCUGCUGUUCUCCAAGCUGCUGAAAACAAGAAAAAUGAGGAUAGGUGCACUUACACGGAAAAGUUGUCCCCUUUUUCUGGAACAGCCUGCAGAUGUUGCAGUAUGAAAGAACAUCAGUAUUGUACUGAAAGUUCAUCUCAAUGCCUGCCUGGACAAGACCCCCACACUAGUAUCAGGCAAAUACCGAAUUCAAGGUUGGGCGGUGUCUGUCAAAAAUCCAGAGUUUUACACCUUGAUAUUCCCAAAAUUCAUAUUGACACGGAACAGAAGACAUUAUUUUCUGAGAAGGUAGUCACUGCAGCUAUUGAGAAAGCAGAGAGAGAACUGAGCAACACAAGCUUGGCAGCUGAUAGUGGUAUUGGUCAAGAUGGAAUCAGUUUUGCUGAGAGUCUUACUACAGAAAUAAUGACGUCAGCUAUGACUAAUAUUAGUCAUGCUGUUAAUAUGAGUUCUGUGGGAAGAGACGGAGUCCACUCUGCUGAAUCUAUUGUUAGCCAACAGAUGAGUCUGAGUAUUGGCGAGGAUAGCACCGGCAGCUGGUCCAAUUUAAGUUUUGAAGAUGAGCAUGCUGAUGAGAGCAGCAGUUUUCUUCAUCUCAGUGACAGUUGUGCUCUGUUCUCUUCUUCCCCUGGCAGUAAUGGUAACAGCAGUAGCUGGAGCAGUCUUGGUUUAGAAGGAGAUAUAUAUGAGGAGAAUUUAUCCUUUCCAACAUCAGACAGUGAUGGAACUGAAGAUAAAGAGGAAGAGCCCAAGGAUACUGUAGAAGGUUUGGAGGAUGUAGGAAAGACAUUGCUAAUAGUGAACACUGACAUGGAACCAAGUGUGGUGGACCCACAGCUCAGAAUGGCACUUCAGUGGCUGGCAGCUUCUGAAGCAGGGGUGGCUGAACUUCAUUUUCAUGAUACUGCUAUGAAGGAGCUCAUGUUUCUUUCAAAAAGACUGCGUGAAAGAGAUUGGAAGGUGGGAGAUCUUUUGCAAGCAGUGCAGAAAUACUGUGAAAUGAUGGAGAAGGCUUCUGAUGGAGAGAGAGGUUUCAAUAAACCUUUGUUUGGUUGGCUUCGGGAAAAUGUCUGAAAAAAUCCAAAGAUUCACUAUUCUUCACUUCAUUCCUCUUUUAAAAGGAGAGGAGAACCCAGAUAUUUAGUUUAAAGUUUAGCUGAUGAAUGUUCCAUUAGUAGUCAGCAUUUUAUGAGGCUUUUUGGGGUGAAAGUCAAUAUAGCUGUGCUGUAAGUGCUUUGUGACACCAUGUAUCCAGUAUGUUUAUCCAGUGCAUAUUUUCAUAAUCUGUAUCAGAGUAUUUUUCAUCCAUGCACACUUGUAUUACUGCUAUGUUCAGAUGAUUGAAUUAUUAUUUGAAGAAAAAUCUGAUCUAUGACAGUAGUUGACAGAUGACAGUCUAAAAUGGGAGUUAGAGGAUUCCUCCUAUAUCGAUACCUUAUUAAUUGCAUGAUUUUAAGUUUGAAUUGCUAAAAAAUACCCCACAAAACCAAACUUUUUAGUUCUGACCUUUUUAAAGACAUUCUUUGAUUUGAAGAAUCACCUUAUGCUUCCCUCUUAACAACAGCAAAAAAAUUGAAUGUUUUCCUCAUGCAGUGUUGCCAUCUUUUGACCAGUACAGUGCAUUCUCUCUCAUUCUCCAUAAAAGUCUAUUUAUUCAGGAGAUCAUUUUGUGCCACAAUGAGCACUUUAAAAUCAUAAAAUUAAUUAAAACAUAUGGAGGAAAGUUGCUACAAAUUUAGUUGUCAUUUUUUUCUUAACUAGAUUGUUGUAAAAGAAGCCUUUUAAUCAAAUCUUUUGUCAGAUGGAACUCAUAGGUUACUUUCCAGUGCUGUCAACAUGUCCUGCACUUGGUUUUUGUCCCUCUGUCUUUAGAUAUCAAGUGGUUUGGAAGUAUUGUUAGUUUCUUGUUUUGUUCUACAGAUCCUUUUGUGUGUGUAAGGGGAAGGGGGCCCUGAAUGUGAGAUUGUCACCUUACUGACAUCACUGCAAAAGAAUCAUGGGGGCUCAUUUGUUUUGCUGGGAUAUAGACAUUGAAAUAGUCCUCUUGCUAAUACUGUAGAUAGUGGUGGUGUUUAUAUUCCCAAACUUGGGACCAGGUCCUGAGAGGUUGAAUGUUUCAGCAGAAAUUGCAUGUACAGAGCCAUUCUCAGGAUUUUAGCCUUAGGGUGUUGACAGCCAUGGAAAAACAGAACAAAACAAAACAGCACUUUACUGGAAGAGGAAUCACAUCAGUUUGACCUGGCUCCCCAGCAUCUGUAUAGCUCAUGCACUUCAGGAGGGUUUUUUUUGGCAUUUUUACCCAAUAGCUCAUUCAGUCAGCUAUUAGAUAAGCGCCAGAAAGCUCUGGUGAAACACACGAGGUAUGCAGAUGCUGGGGAGCCAGGUAAAACUGACACGAUUCGUCUUCUGGGCAUGCGCUGUGCUCAGUGUGGGGGCGCACUGAGGUGAAAGUAAAGCACUGGGGUUUUGUUUAUUUGUUUCCACGUCUGUAAGCACCCCUAGUUACAGAGAUUCUCGGUAUACAGCAGUGAGUCCAGUUGCUUUCUCCUUGUAGUGCCAUUGUGCCUUAAAGGAGCAUUCCAGUACUCAUUAGGGCAUUCUUCUUAAAGGAUCUUCUUGUGCUUAUAUAGUAACGUGGAUUUUAAAAGGAAACAUACACACCUGCCUUAAGACAGGGUAAAGAUAUUGGUCUUUUUUUAAAAAAUAAACAAAUUGAAAAGUUAUUUAUUUUUAUGGAAGAUCUGUUUUCAAGAUACAAGUGUAUAUAAUGUAGAUCUGUCACCACUUCAAAAUUCCACAGUUCCUUAAGUAUUGUCAAAUAUUGUUACCUCAUCUUAAUAUUGUGUUCCUGUAUUACCUCAUUAAUUGAAAGAUUCCAUAAUGUCUUGUGGCAAAGUUUUGGUUUUUUUUUUAAUUGUGACAGUUUUUGAUUUUUAUAUGGGUCAAGUAGUCCUGUUGAUUUAAUAGUUAACACUAGGAGGUAGGAACUCAUUGGUUCUAAUCCUAGUUUUGCUACUGAUUCUGUGUGGUCUAUAGGAAACUGCUUAACUGAUUCCAUCAUUAAAAUGGGACUAAAGUGAUGAAUCAUUUUUGUAUAGUGUUCCAAAACUAAAUAACUAAGGGGGUUCCCCUCCCCCCCUCCCCCGAUGUAUCUUUAGGGUAUUUUUUUUUUUUUUUUUAAGAACACACUCUUUCUACUUAGUGCAGUUUCAAAUUAGGGCUAUUUGUGAUCUCCUGUUUCCCAGAGCAAUCAGUAAAAUGAUCACAAACAACAAUUUGAUUUUAAGUGAAAAAUAAUUAACAGAAACAAGUGGCUCUUAAAAACAAGAUCUGGCUAAAUUCUUUUCUGAUUGAAUCCCCUAAAACUAUAUUCACUUUAAUAACAUUUCAAGGGUUGAACAUAGAGGUAGAAUUCUGGUUCAGGGUUUACAUGUCUCCAUCUGAAUCUCAAAUUAAGAAAUUUACAAAAAAAAGUGUACAUUUACAAAACAAAAUGUAAAUAUACAGACAUCUGUUAAUAGAAGACUUUCAAAAAUUUCCAUGCAGGCUCAACUAUUUUUAACAUUCUUGUAUCAUAUGAUUGAUUAUUAAAAAAUUGGUUAACAGAUUAUUCUGUUUUUAUAAAGUUCUUUCCUACAAAAAAUAGAAGGUGCAAACUCUGAUAUGUAUAAAGGUCUAAACAGUAGUUAAGCAGGCAUUCAACUCAAUUUAUACUGAAGUGAUAGUUUUUUAAUUUUUACAUAGACUUCUAUUUGGAGACUCUAGGUGAAAGAACAUCUCUGAUGUAGUUCCAUUAAAUGGCAUUAUAUUAGAGACUAGUUUUACCUAUUUUUUUUCUCUCAGUAAUAUAGCAUAGUUUCCAAGUCCUACAUGUAAAGAAUGUUUUUGUUGAAAAAUACUUCAUUUUUAACUAAAACUUGUAGUUUUUUUAUAAAUGGACUUUCAACUCAUUUUCUUCAGGCAUUGGCAUCUGGCUUCAAGACUGUUUUGAGUUACCUGUUGGAUAUUAAUCAUAAAAUACAAAUUACUGAUUUACUUAGAUAUAUCAUAUUAAAGAUAUAUAUCAUUAUUAAAUUUAGUGGGGAUCUUUAUUACAUCUCAAUGACAUAUUGUGUUACUGAAGAAAGUUGUGUUCUGUGCUGAAUUGAAUCUGUACUUACGCCACUAACAAACUUAUUUAAUCCAUUCCCUCCUGAAUGCAAGUGUGGAAAUGCAAAUUCACUGUGAAUAACAGUGAGCCAAAUUCUGAUCUCUUAAAUUAGAAUAAAUCUGGAUUUUAGGCAAGUGAAAUAGAGCAGGAUUUUUUUUCGUUAGGCAUAUUGUGUGUGUGUGUGUGUGUGUGUGUAUGUGUAUAUAUAUAUAUAUAUAUAUAUAUAGUGGGAUGCUAAAAGAAAGGAAACCUGACUUUGUCUUAGGUUGAGGGAAAUACGUGCAAUGGGCUUCAGGUGUUCCAGAAGAACAUGCUUUAUCAACCAAACUUUAAAUAGAUUUUUGUUAUAUUGGAAAUUGGUUACUAAUAUUUUGAUAUAUUUUUAAAGUUUCUAUAAAUAAAGCACUUUUGAGAAGGACCCCUGAAUAAAAUAGAAGUGAAAUAUGAGAAUAUUUAAUACACAAAUUCCUCUAUAAAUCUGUUUAAAAAAAAAAAUCAUCAACAGCUUUUAAGACUAAGUAUUUUUUUUAAAUGUCUAAUGUAACCAUAUGGUAGAAUUAAACCACAGGCAAGUUCUAAUAUUUUAGUGUGAAAACAUGAAGUAAUAACUCACGCCUAAACCUUAUUUAAAUGUGAUUUGCAUAAAAUAUAUGUUCCCAGAAACUUUCUGUUCUGGUACUAAUGGUGUCUCUCAAAAAUGUAUUGGAUUUUAAAUGUUACAUGUUUCUAAUAUAACUAUAUGGGACCUUUUCUGUAAAGAGCUACUCGUACAAUGGGAGGUGCGAAUGCACUAAGUAGUAAACACUGUCACCAGAACAAGAAGAGCUAGUAUUUGCAUAGCUGUUUACUGAAAUGAUUUGCAGAGGAAAAUUCAGGUUUCGGAAAUGAUUUAUUUUUAGUUUCAGAAUUCUAGCCUUUCAGAAAGAGCCACUACUGUCAAGCCGGCACUGUACUUGAGCUUUGAGAGUACAGUGCCUGGCCACUGUAGUCACUUUAUUUUGUAUCAUCUUUGUACAUUCCUAUUGUAUAGCUGGAGUUGUAGUUUUAGAGGGUCAUUGUUCUGUUGUUGCUUCUGAAUAAUUAAGACUAAACAUUAUUAGCUGGAACUGCUUCUUACUUGUGCAGUGUUAUAGCAAUUCACAGCCCAGUUAGUGGUUCAACUGUAUAACAAAAGCAGUUUAUAAAUGUUUAUGUAACUGUACUAAGUGAAUUCUAUAUGAAGGUCUUGUACUGUAUAAUGGUGACAUCUUUUGCCAUUUUUGUAAUUUAACAAUAUAUUCGGUUACCAGUUGGGUUGCACUAAAUUUGUCCUGGUUUUAGCAGUGGCUUCAAAUAAACAAAUCCCAUGUGUUGUAA